GUACAUAUAAAGUAGAUAUCAAUAUAUUCAACGAAUAAAAAAUGGACUCAGCUAGCUGUGGCCCAUCAAACGCCUUGACAAAUUUGUCCAAACAUGCCCAGCGAGAUAAUACUUUACAGAAUGAGGCGGGCGCAAGAUUUGGACAUAUGACUGGCUCAAAUGAUUUCAAGUCUCGGAAUACCCAUCAGAUUGAUGCUAAUCUUAAUCGAGAAUUUGACAAUUUCCAGGGAAAUCGGUUUGCACUGGACUUUCAAAUGCAACAUCCUCUGUUCCAUCAACAAGGAAAUGUACAACAAAGAAAUGUUCAACAAGGUUGGGUACAAGAUUUUUCUCAAUUGAAUAUUAAUGCAAGACCAGUACAAGUACAGAACAAUGGUAUACAUAAUAACCAAUCUCAACUGAUUGCACAUUCACAUUCCCAUCAAAGGAACGAUUGGCAAUCUCAAUUUAUGAAGCAACAAUCUCAAGUUUCUAAUCAAGGACAAUCUUUCCACCAAUCAUCUCAACCAGGGCUCCAAUAUAGACCACAGAUGACUCCAUUUGCUUUGAAUAUGCGUACAGAUUUGUCAACUCCAUUAACCGAACAUAAAGAGAUCCACAAGAAUCAACAAGAACAGGAUAUGUUUGAUGAACAAUUCAAUCAAAUGGAGAGUGAAUUGAAGGAACUUGAAGCAGAACAAGUUGAACCAACAAGAUCAAAUACCCAUAAUGAGGAGUUUGCCAAGACCGCACAACAAGUACAUGACUCCAUGCUGUCUGUGAAAUCACCAGAACUUCAACAAAGACUUCAAGGAUCAGAAUUCCUUAAACUUAUGAAAUCUAUAGCUGAUAGAGAUGUUGAACUCUCUGGAGAUAAACUUGUAAAUGCAUCAUCUGGCGAGGAUAUUAGGGAUCAUUUACCUGACCCUUUAAGAGAAGAGAGAAGUGUAAGCGGUCUGCCAUCCAUGCAACAGCAUCAACACCAACCAGUUCGUACUGAACAACCACCAAUGGUAUCCGAUCAAAGGGCUGCAACUAAUGCUCCACCAGUAAAUCAAUUACCAGAUCCUUUGGCACAUAUAAGGGAUGGUGGAUUAGAAGGAAUUAAUGAUCCAUUGAUGGCAGCAAAAGUUGUUUCAGGCAAUCAAAUCAAGAAUCAUCAUUGGACAAAUCUGUCUAAUGGCGGUGACGAUUGGUUAGAUAUGACUGAAGAUGCGCCAAUGCCAAGGAUGAACAUGAAUCGACCAGGUGCAAUUUUGGAACCACAUGAUCAGGAGAUGUACGAUGACUACAGACACGACGAUGAUUACCGAUAGUAUAUAUAGAGUACAGCUACUGGAAAAUUGAUUUUUUUAAAAAAAAGGGGGGAGGAAGAAGAAGAAGAAGAAGAUGUUAGUAUAUGAUAUUGAGAUAUACUAGAAUACAUAAAAUAAUUCACAGUUUUCACACAUGUGGUUUUAAAUUAAAUAAAAUAAAUACCCAUGGAUAAAUAUGUUGCAUGUAAGAUCUUACGAGUAUUAAAUUUCGGUAACUCCGGUGAAACUUGUCCGAAAUAAAAUUGAAAUUCUGCAAAUUUCUUUUUCCUUCAUUGAUUUCUUUUCAAUUCCAGAGGAACAAAAUCUUGACUCUUAACGGUAAUGAUGUAAUGAAGGUUAUGAAAAAUCUAGAUUCUAGACAGGCUAAAAGUUGGUACCCGCAUAGUUUUUCCGGAAUUUCAAGUGAUUGUAACCACGAAAUAAAAUAUCUCCUUCUGCAUGGCGCGGACCAAGCGGGAAUGGUUACAAUAUAGGACAAAAAGAUAAAUCGCAACCCAUA